CGUCCUCACGUGCGCUCAUCCCGAGCGUCUGGACCUUUCUCUCCGGCCGGCAGCUGCACAGGAUCACAGGCGGGCGGCCAUGCGGUGGCUGCCAUUGUUGCUGCUCGCCCAGGUGGCGAGCGGCCAGAGGCGGCGCGUGGGCGCCGGCAUCAGCGCGCUGGCGCCGCUGGACGAGACGGCGGGCGCGGCCGGCGGCGACCACGACCACCACCACCACCACACGCACGUCUCCAGGCUCGACGUCGUCUGCGACGCCACCUCCAUGACCGUCACGCUCGACUUCGACGGUCCCUUCAACGGCGUCGUCUACAGCAAGGGCCACUUCAGCGACUCACGCUGCAGAUACGUGAAAGCUGGGAGCAACAAAUCUUCCUUCAAGUUCAACAUUCCAGUCAAAGGCUGUGGAACGGUUCCUUCAGGAGGAUUCGGCAAAACAGUCGACAAUAUCAUCGUCAUACAGACGGAAGAUGACGUACAGGAGGCGUGGGACAUCGCGCGCAAGGUGUCGUGCGCCACGGCGAGCCUGCAGGAGAAGACGGUGCUCUUCCGGCCGUUCGUCGUCGACAUGCUCGAGGUGGUCUCCGUGCCGGUGACCACGGGCACCGUCGACUGCUGGAUGGACAUCCGCCGCGGCUACUUCCCCAACACGUCUCCGCUCGGGGAGAUCAUCAAGAUUGGGGAGCCGCUGACAGUGCUGGUGUACAUCAAGGACAGCGAGCGACGCUACGACGUGCGCGUGCGCGACUGCUGGGCGUACGACAGCGAGGACUACGAGGCGGCCGACACGCAGAAGCUGCAGCUCACCGGGCCCGACGGCUGCCCAAAGAAACGAAAGCUGAUCGGCUACUGGCAGACAACAACAGAUGUCGGAAAGACGGAUGCGAGUAUAAUUGCUUACAACAACAUUUCGGCUUUCAAGUUUCCUGACAGAAUGCAAGUCUACCUAACUUGUAACAUAGAGAUAUGCUCCGGACAAUGCACUGGGAAGUGUCAAGAAACCCAGGUAACAACAGUACAAACAGAGUUACCACCAAAUUGCUACCCUGGUGCCACAGAUCCUCGAUGCCCCAUCCCAACUACCCAGCAAAUUCCAACGACACCAUCACGAUGUUAUCCAGGUUCACUAGACCCUAGAUGCCCUCAAACACCUACAACCACAACUCAAAGACCUCAAUGCUACCCAGGAUCUACAGACCCCAGAUGUCCACAAUUCCCUACUACGACUACUACCCCCUACCCAAGAUGUUUCCCAGGAUCUACAGAUCCCAGAUGUCCGAAACAAACAGCUACAACUUCAACACAACCUCCUUUGCGCUGCUUUCCGGGAUCUCUAGAUCCCAGGUGCCCAAAAACAACAACAUUUGCACCACAAACAACCACAGCCAAACUUGUUUGCUAUCCAGGCUCUACUGAUCCAAGAUGUCCAAGAACAACUACUCAGCCACCUACAAGACAACCAUCAUGUUAUCCAGGAUCACCAGAUCCUCGAUGCCCAGCAACAAUCACCCCACCAGCGCGAUGUUACCCAGGAUCUACAGAUCCCAGAUGUCCAAGGCCUACUACUACAACUUCAACACAAACCCCUCUGCGCUGCUAUCCAGGAUCUCUUGACCCCAGAUGCCCACAAACAACAACAUUUCCACCACCAACUACCACUCGCAAACCAGUUUGCUAUCCCGGAUCAACUGAUCCAAGAUGUCCGAGAACAACCACUACUUACCGACCAACUACUACUACAGAAAGGCCACUUGUCUGCUAUCCUGGUUCUACAGAUCCCCGAUGCCCCAAACCUCCAACCACUCCUAGGUGCUAUCCAGGCUCUACAGACCCACGCUGCCCACCACCACAAACAACACCAGCAAUUCCUGUCUGUUAUCCAGGGUCAACAGAUCCACGCUGUCCUCAGACAACUUUGAUACCCAGAACAAGUACUCCAGGUAGCACAUACCUCCCACCUACCACGACUGAGAGGCCACUGGUCUGCUAUCCAGGCUCUACUGACCCAAGAUGUCCAAGACCAACCACUCAACCGCCUACUAGGCAACCAUCUUGCUACCCAGGAUCACUAGAUCCUCGGUGCCCAACAACAACCACACCACCAGCACGGUGUUACCCAGGCUCUACAGAUCCGAGAUGCCCUAGACCCACCACUACAACUUCAACACAGCCCCCUCCACGCUGCUAUCCUGGAUCUCUUGACCCCAGGUGCCCAAAAACCACUGCAUUUGUACCAUCCACAACGACUGCUAGACCUCCCUGCUAUCCAGGCUCCACCGAUCCAAGGUGCCCCAAACCAACCACCACAUAUCGACCACCUACUACUACAGAACGCCCAUUUGUUUGUUAUCCUGGUUCUACAGAUCUCCGUUGUCCAAGACCAACUACAACCUCAACUCCACCCCCACGAUGCUACCCAGGAUCUACAGAUCCCAGAUGUCCUAAAACAACUACCACCACCCCUGCACCAAGAUGUUUCCCAGGAUCUACGGACCCAAGAUGUCCUAAACCAAUCACUACCACGACCACAACAACUCCAUUACGCUGUUAUCCAGGCUCUCUAGAUCCUCGGUGUCCACAGACUACAACAUAUGCACCACCUACCACUACUCCAAGACUUGUUUGUUAUCCUGGUUCAACUGACCCUAGGUGUCCCAGACCUACCACCACAUACCGACCACCUACUACAACAGAGCGACCACUUGUUUGUUAUCCUGGUUCAACUGAUCCUCGUUGUCCAAAACCUCCCACAACACCAAGGUGCUUCCCAGGUUCGACUGAUCCAAGAUGUCCACCACCAUAUACAACACCAAGCACACCUGUGUGUUACCCAGGAUCGUCAGAUCCACGCUGUCCACAAACGACCACGAGACCUAGAACAAGUACUCCAGGUAGCACAUACCUCCCACCACCUACAACUAUUAAGCCUCCAGUCUGCUACCCAGGCUCAACUGAUCCAAGAUGUCCAAGAACAACUACUCAGCCACCUACAAGACAACCAUCUUGUUACCCAGGAUCACCAGAUCCCCGAUGCCCUGCAACAACCAACCCACCAGUGCGAUGUUACCCAGGAUCUACAGAUCCCAGAUGUCCAAGGCCUACUACUACAACUUCAACACAACCCCCUCCACGCUGCUAUCCUGGAUCUCUUGAUCCCAGGUGCCCACAAACAACUACAUUUGCACCACCUACCACCACUCGCAAACCAGCUUGCUAUCCGGGAUCAACUGAUCCGAGGUGCCCAAGAACAACCACUACUUACCGACCAACUACUACUACUGAAAGGCCACUUGUUUGCUAUCCAGGUUCUACAGAUUCCCGAUGUCCCAAACCUCCAACCACUCCUAGGUGUUAUCCAGGCUCUACAGACCCACGCUGCCCACCACCACAAACAACACCAGCAACUCCUGUCUGUUAUCCAGGUUCAACAGAUCCACGCUGUCCUCAGACAACUUUGAUACCCAGAACAAGUACUCCAGGUAGCACAUACCUCCCACCACCAACAACUAUUAAGCCUCCAGUCUGCUACCCAGGCUCAACUGACCCAAGAUGUCCAAAACCAACCACCCAACCACCCACUAGGCAACCAUCUUGCUACCCGGGAUCACUAGAUCCUCGGUGCCCAACAACAACCACACCACCAGCACGGUGUUACCCAGGAUCUACAGAUCCGAGAUGCCCUAGACCCACCACUACAACUUCAACACAACCUCCUCCACGCUGCUAUCCUGGAUCUCUUGACCCCAGGUGCCCAAAAACCACUGCAUUUGUACCGUCCACAACAACUGCUAGACCUCCCUGCUAUCCAGGCUCAACUGAUCCAAGGUGCCCCAAACCAACCACCACAUAUCGACCACCUACUACUACAGAACGCCCACUUGUUUGUUAUCCUGGCUCAACAGAUCCUCGCUGUCCACGACCUACCACAAGGCCAACUACCCCAGGUAGCACUUACCUACCACCAAUUACAACAACUGUGCGACAACCUACCUGUUACCCAGGUUCUCUAGAUCCCCGUUGCCCAAGACCAACUACAACCUCAACUCCACCCCCACGAUGCUACCCAGGAUCUACAGAUCCCAGAUGUCCUAAAACAACUACCACCACCCCUCCACCAAGAUGUUUCCCAGGAUCUACGGACCCAAGAUGUCCUAAACCAAUCACUACCACGACCACAACAACCCCACUACGCUGUUACCCAGGCUCUCUAGAUCCUCGGUGUCCACAGACUACAACAUAUGCACCACCUACCACUACUCCAAGACUUGUUUGUUAUCCUGGUUCAACUGACCCUAGGUGUCCCAGACCUACCACCACAUACCAACCACCUACUACAACAGAGCGACCACUUGUAUGUUAUCCUGGUUCAACUGAUCCUCGUUGUCCAAAACCUCCCACAACACCAAGGUGCUUCCCAGGUUCGACUGAUCCAAGAUGUCCACCACCAUAUACAACACCAAGCACACCUGUGUGUUACCCAGGAUCGCCAGAUCCACGCUGUCCACAAACGACCACGAGACCUAGAACAAGUACUCCAGGUAGCACAUAUCUCCCACCACCUACAACUAUUAAGCCUCCAGUCUGCUACCCAGGCUCAACUGAUCCAAGAUGUCCAAGAACAACUACUCAGCCACCUACAAGACAACCAUCUUGCUACCCUGGAUCACCAGAUCCCAGAUGCCCAGCAACAACCACCCCACCAGCUAGAUGUUACCCAGGAUCUACCGAUCCCAGAUGUCCAAGGCCUACUACUACAACUUCAACACAACCCCCACCACGCUGCUAUCCUGGAUCUCUUGAUCCCAGGUGCCCACAAACAACCACAUUUGCACCACCUACCACCACUCGCAAACCAGUUUGCUAUCCAGGAUCGACUGAUCCAAGGUGCCCAAGGACAACGACUACUUACCGACCAACUACUACUACUGAAAGGCCACUUGUUUGCUAUCCGGGUUCUACAGAUCCCCGAUGUCCCAAACCUCCAACCACUCCUAGGUGCUAUCCAGGCUCUACAGACCCACGCUGCCCACCACCACAAACAACACCAGCAACUCCUGUCUGUUAUCCAGGUUCAACAGAUCCACGCUGUCCUCAGACAACUUUGAUACCCAGAACAAGUACUCCAGGUAGCACAUACCUCCCACCAACAACUCUUAAGCCUCCAGUCUGCUACCCAGGCUCAACUGAUCCAAGAUGUCCAAGAACAACUACGCAGCCACCUACAAGACAACCAUCAUGCUACCCAGGAUCACCAGAUCCCCGAUGCCCAACAACAACCACCCCACCAGCACUAUGUUACCCAGGAUCUACAGAUCCCAGAUGUCCAAGGCCAACUACUACACCUUCAACACAACCCCCUCUACGCUGCUAUCCUGGAUCUCUUGACCCCAGGUGCCCAAAAACCACUGCAUUUGUACCAUCCACAACAACUGCUAGACCUCCCUGCUAUCCAGGCUCAACUGAUCCAAGGUGCCCCAAACCGAGCACCACAUAUCGACCACCUACUACUACAGAACGCCCACUUGUUUGUUAUCCUGGUUCUACAGAUCCCCGUUGUCCAAAACCUCCUACAACACCAAGAUGUUUUCCUGGCUCAACAGAUCCUCGCUGUCCACAACCCACCACAAGGCCAACUACCCCAGGUAGCACUUACCUACCACCAAUUACGACAACUGUGCGACAACCUACCUGUUACCCAGGUUCUCUAGAUCCCCGUUGCCCAAGACCAACUACAACCUCAACUCCACCCCCACGAUGCUACCCAGGAUCUACAGAUCCCAGAUGUCCUAAAACCACUACCACCACCCCUCCACCAAGAUGUUUCCCAGGAUCUACGGACCCAAGAUGUCCUAAACCAAUCACUACCACGACCACAACAACUCUAUUACGCUGUUAUCCAGGCUCUCUAGAUCCUCGGUGUCCACAGACUACAACAUAUGCGCCACCUACCACUACUCCAAGAAUUGUUUGUUAUCCUGGUUCAACUGACCCUAGGUGUCCCAGACCUACCACCACAUACCGACCACCUACUACAACAGAGCGCCCACUUGUUUGUUAUCCUGGUUCAACUGAUCCUCGUUGUCCAAAACCUCCCACAACACCAAGGUGCUUCCCAGGUUCGACUGAUCCAAGAUGUCCACCACCAUAUACGACACCAAGUACACCGGUGUGUUACCCAGGAUCGCCUGAUCCACGCUGUCCACAAACGACCACGAGACCUAGAACAAGUACUCCAGGUAGCACUUACCUUCCACCACCUACAACUAUUAAGCCUCCAGUCUGCUACCCAGGCUCAACUGAUCCAAGAUGCCCAAGAACAACUACUCAGCCACCUACAAGACAACCAUCUUGUUACCCAGGAUCACCAGAUCCCCGAUGCCCUGCAACAACCAACCCACCAGUGCGAUGUUACCCAGGAUCUACAGAUCCCAGAUGUCCAAGGCCUACUACUACAACUUCAACACAACCCCCUCCACGCUGCUAUCCUGGAUCUCUUGAUCCCAGGUGCCCACAAACAACUACAUUUGCACCACCAACCACCACUCGCAAACCAGUUUGCUAUCCAGGAUCGACUGAUCCAAGGUGUCCAAGAACAACCACUACUUACCGACCAACUACUACUACUGAAAAGCCACUUGUUUGCUAUCCAGGUUCUACAGAUCCCCGUUGUCCAAAACCUCCUACAACACCAAGAUGUUUUCCUGGUUCAACAGAUCCCCGCUGUCCACAACCUACAACAAGGCCAACUACUCCAGGUAGCACUUACCUACCACCAGUUACCACAACUGUACGACAACCCAUCUGUUAUCCAGGUUCUCUAGAUCCCCGUUGUCCAAGACCAACUACAACCUCAACUCCACCCCCACGAUGCUACCCAGGAUCUACAGAUACCAGAUGUCCUAAAACAACUACCACCACCCCUGCACCAAGAUGUUUCCCAGGAUCUACAGAUCCAAGAUGUCCUAAACCAAUCACUACCACAACCACAACAACUCCAUUACGCUGCUUCCCUGGAUCUUUAGAUCCUCGCUGCCCGCAGACUACAACAUAUGCACCACCUACCACUACUCCAAGACUUGUUUGUUAUCCUGGUUCAACUGAUCCUCGUUGUCCAAAACCUCCCAUAACACCAAGGUGCUUCCCAGGUUCAACUGAUCCAAGGUGUCCACCACCGUAUACAACACCAAGCACGCCUGUGUGUUACCCAGGCUCACCAGAUCCACGUUGUCCACAAACGACCACGAGACCUAGAACAAGUACUCCAGGAAGCACUUACCUCCCACCACCUACAACUAUUAAACCUCCAGUCUGCUACCCAGGCUCAACUGAUCCCAGAUGUCCAAGAACAACUACUCAGCCACCUACGAGACAGCCAUCAUGUUACCCAGGUUCACUGGACCCUCGAUGCCCUAGGCCAACAACAACCACAACAAGAACCACUAGUCUUCAGUGCUACCCUGGCUCCUCUGAUCCUAGGUGUCCACAAACUUCUACUCCUUACCCCAUCCCCACAACAACUGUUAGACUUGUAUGUUAUCCUGGAUCCUCCGACCCAAGAUGUCCUAGGCCUACAACUACUACAUUUUCGCCACCUCAAUGCUAUCCUGGCUCUCCAGAUCCACGAUGCCCACAAACCACUACUGAACGUGCUCCAAUAUGUUAUCCAGGUUCACCUGAUCCGCGGUGUCCUAAAAUACCAUCAAUACCUACAACUAUAGCACCACCUACAUUUACAACACCAUUCUACUGUCCAUGUCUUACAGAACAUCCUCCACAAUGUUUUCCAGGUAGUCUUGAUCCAAGGUGUCCAACGACAACUAAGAAACCUAUUUUACCUCCAAUAUGUUUUCCAGGUUCAAAUGAUCCUAGAUGCCAAACUUCACCUCCGUACACAACCUCAUCACCACUAUGCUUCCCUGGGUCCCCAGAUCCAAGAUGCUCAACAGUACCUCGGACAUCAACUCCUGGUCCAAGUUAUUUACCACCUGUUGUCUCAACCACAGUUGGAGUAAAGCCAGAGGUACCAUCUGGCUGCUAUCCAGGGUCCCCAGACAAGAACUGUGCAGCUGACAGCACAAUAAAUAUUGAAACAGAUGUGAAACCCCCUAAAUGUUUCCCUGGAACAGAUGAUGCAGACUGUUUUGAUGGAGAAGAUGGUUCUGCUAUAUUUCCUAUAAUAAGGACAACAACAAGGAAAUCUGUACCAGUAGUUUCCAAGGAUGACUUUCAUGGAAAGGAUCAAGAUCCUAGAUACCAUGCAUUCCAUUCAUGGCUGUUUGAACCUCAAAAAAUUGGUCGCAGGCGUAAAAUUUUUCAUCGCAGCAUUGAUGAAGAAAACAUUUCUCAAACACAUCACGUGACCAAACGGGAAGUUGAGCAGCAAGUUGUUGCCAUAACAAUCGGAGUACGUGGGCUUAUGGUUGGCACUGAAAAUGAUCUUCGGUCACAUUCACUAGUUAAACGAGAUCUUCAAUAUGAUGUCCAUCCUCAACAAGUUCAAGGAGAGCUCACAAAUACAUCAGUUACAAUUGUAGCUACAGUUGCAGUAAUAAUUAGUGCAGUUGCAGCUGUUUCAUACAUUUUUUUAAGAAUUCAUAAAAAUCGCAACAUACAGCGAUCAGAAAGGGUUAUAACAACUAUGCCGGAACUGAAAUAGCGAAUUCAAAUCAACAAAUCUGUCUUUUCUAAGAGUUUCUACAAAGAAACACUCAAAAGUGCAUCUUUUACUUUAACAAUUUGUGGUAUAAGUUAUGUGUAAUAUUUAUUCUCCAUUAUAUGGAGCUUGUAGCCUGACUUACACCACAAAUCCAGUACCUACAUGUCUUCAAGAGAAAACUGGUUUUGUGCAAACACACAAUAAAUUUUUAUAUAAAUUGUUCCUAAAUUAAGCACA